CAGUUUCCAUUUUAUCUUCUGUCAUAUCUCAAGGGCUGUCUCGUAUUGCACUCUGCACAGUGUGAUGAGACAUUUUUAUCUCACCUAGCGCAUUGCAGAGACAUCGCCAUGACCGAGAAUGUGGUUGUCAACCGGAUCCAAGCGCUGAUGGUGAGGCUGCUCCUCUUCUUACACUUCUUGCUGGUCUUGUGGCGGGUGUCCGUGGCCUGGGGUGAGAUGCGGUGGCUCCUGGCAUGCGCAAUCGUGCCCUUCCUGCUCGAGACCGUCUUGAAUAUAUGCAAAUGGAAAGGAAUAGAGUGGAAGUGGGUCUCUCUGUGUUUCCUCUUCUACUCGGGUGCUACGGUACCCGGAAUCUGGCUGCUGGAGAUCAAAAGGACAGAAACGUACCUGACAGCAAACGUCACGUCUCUGGAUGGCAUCCCGAUCCCUGGGCUGAACAUUCCGCUGUUGCUGAGCUCGGACACCUGGGCGCUGGUGGCUGAGGAGAUGCUGCUGUACCUGAUGACCCUUAGCCGCUGGAUUUUGCCGCGCGGACACUUGAACAGAGAAGAGCUCUCCCAACUCCUCUUCGCCUUUCUCGGCAUGGCCUCGGACAUAAUGGACAUAUUCUCGCUGUUUGAGUCGGACAAUAUCCGUGCGGACAUGAACAUGACAUACACACUGCUGGCCGUGUGGUCGUGGAGUGUGUUGCAGUUCUCGCUCACCUUCUACACAGUCCACCAUCCACAGCGAGCACAAGGUGUAGCAAAUGUUUCAGCAGCCCCCGAUACCUCCGAUACCAAGCAGGAGCUGGCCGCUACUCUCGUCUCCCUCUUCAUGCAGGACGGUCCAUUUCUAGUCUUGCGGAUGUACGCCGUUGUUGUCUACAAGAUCAUCACCCACAGUAUGAUCUUCUUCGUCGCCAAAAACAUCGUGGUCAUCUGCCUUCUUUUGUACAAAAUCAUCGUUCUGUGCCAUGUCUCCAGAGAGAAGGGGAAUGAAAAUACGGACUCAGAGCGGAUCGUCAGUAAAGAUGUAGAGCUUGCGGUGUUCGACAACCCCUUGACCUCUGUCAGCGAUGAGCAACAGAUUGAGGAAAGCUCUGAUGAAGAAAUCGACAACCCCUUGACCUCUGUCUGCGAUGAGCGACAGACUGAUGAAAGCUCUGAUGAAGAAACCGACAACCCAUUGACCUCUGUCAGCGAUGAGCGACAGACUGAGGAAAGCUCUGAUGAAGAAACCGACGAUAUAAAGCAAGAGUAAAGACCAACAGAUGUUUACAGACAGUAGGACGCAACGACUAACAGCCCGUGACAUCACUGAUCCAGUGCAUACAAUAACAAUUAUAUUGUGAUAAACAUAAUAAACCUACAUGGA